AUAAAAUGGUAAUUGUGCAGGGUCAGACGACUGAUCAAUUGAUCACAUUCUGAUUGUUAGGAGCAGAGGAGAUUAGAGAUGAAUGACUUCAGAAAUAUCUUGUAAUACAGUUUCCAAAAUGAAUGCAAAAGGUCCCAGGACAUUCAAAUUUAAGAAGACUCUAAGCUUGAACAAACCAAGUAGAUGUCUGAGUGAAUUCAAAACCUUUCAAACUGGUGUUGAUGAGUUUAGUGAUGAAAACGAUGAUGGAUGGAUGACAACACGACCCUAUUCCUGUAAUGAGGACAGACAGAAAACACUCAAUCCUGGUCGUAGCACUGCACCCACAAAGCCACAGCUGGAAAGCACAGUCCUUACUACAAAGAUAAAUACAAUUGAAACAAAAGCCUUUUCAAAUGGAGGAAAUAAAAAGCCCCAGCAGACUUCCAUCAUGGCAUUUGCACAGAAGAAGAAACCAGUUGCAGCGGUGGCUCCACACAGGUCGCCUGAGAAAACUGGAGAGGAGGGUGGGACGAAGAGAAAGCGGUUGCCAGGGAACACCGUCAUUAGUAUUCUGGAUGAUGAUGAUGAUGAUGAAUUUCUUGAAGAUUUUGAAAUACCUACAACUCAAGUGGCACUAAACAGAAGUUUGAAUUCAACCAAUAGCAAGAAGGACUUACAAAGGAAGUCUUUAAACCUAAACAGCACCACUGAAGCAGAGAGACAGGUCAUGGAUGCCUCAGGGAUGACAGAUUUGUUUGGAAACAGCGAUUCAGAUGACGAGAGUCCUAUGGUGACUAAGCGACGUCGAACUCUUGAAGAUCAAUCUCCCAACUGGAACUCAACUGGGAUGGCAAAAUGUGCUACAUUUUCAAAUGAAAGUUCCUUUUGUCAACCUGAAGUGAGACUUAAACCUUCUGAGAGCAUCAUUAGACCAAAAUCACAGACUGCAUCCAAGCCUAAGUCCCAGGAAAGCACUCAUGGAAGACCAGUGUCUCACCAAGUCCUACAGGCACAGAAUGAACAGGAUAACCUUAACAAAUCUAGUCAACAGUCGGCAGAUGUGAAGGAACAUGGUGACAGCGUUGAGACUGACCUAUUUAAGACAAUGGAGGAGGUGUGUGACAUUGUGUGUAAGGCCAGUACAGCGGACCUGAUGGCUAUGUUUCCUCAGAACUAUCAGCGACUCCAGCAUUUACUAGCUCUCAGAAAACAACUAAAGGAUUCCUACACAUCAAAAGAGGUGGGUAGGCCCACACAUAAAAGACUGUCAGCCCCAGAAGGAACAAUGACAAACAGUGCAGUUCUGAACAGUGUCAAGGCAACUACUAGUAACCUCCCUGUGUCUGAUAAAUAUCAGACUGUGGUCAAUGUGGAUUCUUCAUUCACCCAGAGCAAUUUGAAAUCUAGUAGUUCAUGUAAUUCUAGUCCAGUGACCCAGCGAUCUGUGUUACUGUCUAAUACCUCAACUCCUGCAAUGGAUAGGACUCUAAGUUCACCAAGUUCUGGUAAAACCAAGACAUUCUCCUUCAAGAAAACAACUCCCAUUGGUUUCCAUUCCCCAAUACCCUGCGGUGAAAGUUUCUUCGAGGAAGAUGCCAAAUUAACUCAAACACAUCACAGUUUCAUUAGCUCAUUCAACAAGAAAUCCCCUAAUGCAUCAUUCAAAGACCCACCUGUUAUGAAUUUCAACCAAUCAGCCACAUCCUCCUUUCUAAACCAAUCAGAUACAAAAUGUGCGAACCAAUCAGCAUCUACCUUGCGUUGUAACCAUUCAGCAUCUGCAGGAUACUCCUAUAGCACUGUUGAAGAACCAUCUACUGCAGACUUUAGCUUUGACUACAAACUGAAUAAUGAUAGUGAUGUGCAAACUCUGCCAUCAAAAAAGGGCAAAUUUUCAGCCAGUGUUCUUAAUUCUGAGGAUGAGCCUGAUGUGAUUGAUCAGUUUCCUGAGGAGCUAUUUGCUUCUGAUGACUUUGACUCGGAAUUUACAGAGAAUAUCCAGACAGACGCUCUGCCACGGAUGUCUAUCUCUCCCAGAAGACAAAGCACCAACCAAAGCUUUGUUUCCCCACCCAGUACCAAAAGGAGGGAGGAGGAGGAGAACCGGGAAUUCGAUGGCUACAAUUUCCAGCACAGUACAGUAAUGAGAGAGACGUUUCAUCAGGUGUUUGGGUUACGUGAAUUCCGAACCAACCAACUGAAGGCCAUCAAUGCAGCCCUCCUAGGACAUGAUUGCUUCAUUCUUAUGCCUACAGGAGGUGGUAAGAGUCUAUGUUACCAACUGCCAGCCCUAGUUACUGGGGGUGUGUCUAUUAUUAUCUCACCCCUGAAGGCUCUUAUUCAGGAUCAGGUUACCAGGCUCUGCUCCAUGGAUAUAGGAGCAGGGCAACUUUCCUCUGACAUGGACCAGAACCAGUCGGAUCAGAUAUACAGGAAGAUGUACUACAAAUCUCCGGAGAUCACACUUCUCUAUGUCACUCCAGAAAAGAUUUCAGCCAGUGGGAAAUUGUUGGGAACUUUGGACAAUUUACACAAAAGGGGAAAGCUGACGAGAUUUGUAAUUGACGAAGCACAUUGUGUCAGCCAGUGGGGUCAUGACUUCAGACCAGACUAUAAGAAGCUGGGAAUUCUGAAGCAGAAAUAUCCAGGAAUUCCUAUGAUGGCUCUGACUGCCACAGCCAACAUGAGAGUUCGUAAAGAUGUCAUCCACCAGCUGGGCAUGAAGAAUCCAAAAUGUUUUGUUCAAAGCUUUAAUCGUCCAAAUUUAAAGUUCCGAGUCGAGCCAAAGAAGCCAUCCACUCUCACAGCAGAUGUGACUAAAGUGAUCAAGGAACAGUUCCCAGGGAAAUGUGGCAUUGUCUACUGUCUGUCAAGAAAGGAAUGUGACACAGUUGCUGCUGAUUUGAGUAAGACUGGCAUUCAGGCCGUGGCUUACCACGCAGGCCUUGGCGACAGCGAUAGAAUUUCUAUCCAGGAAAAAUGGUUAAAUGGGCAGAGAUGCAAGGUGAUAUGUGCUACCAUUGCUUUUGGUAUGGGGAUUGACAAACCUGAUGUCAGAUUUGUUAUUCACUACUCCUUACCAAAGUCUAUGGAGGGAUAUUAUCAGGAGGCGGGGCGAGCGGGCAGAGAUGGACAACUGGCCCACUGCAUUCUGUACUACACCUAUCAGGAUGUCAAAAGACUACGCAGGAUCAUCGAGAUGGACCAGGCAGCUACAUAUGAUUCCAAGAGAGUUCAUAUUGACAACCUCUUCAGAAUGGUCCAGUACUGUGAGAAUGUGGCUGACUGUCGUCGCUGUCAGCUGUUGAAUUACUUCGGAGAACGAGAUUUUAACAGAGAGGAGUGUGGAAAUUUCCGUGGAGCAAUUUGUGACAACUGUGUAUCAAAGGAAUCCUUCCAGCUCCGUGAUGUCACGGAUGAUGUAAAGGGCAUCAUUAAAGGUGUGAAAGAUCUGACCAACAGUGGAAGAAGGGGAAACAACUAUACCCUGAUCUACUUUGUGGAGAUAUUUAGAGGAGCUAAAACGGGUAAAAUUUGUGAUGCUGGACAUGACAGGGUACCCCUUUAUGGUCAAGGGAAAAAUUACAGUAGGGCUGAUGCAGAAAGACUGCUGAGGAAGCUGGUCAUUGAUGGAAUUUUAAUCGAGGAUCUGCAGAUAACAGCAGCAGAAACCACGGCAUGUUAUAUAAGACUAGGACCUAAAGCUAAUGAUGUCAUGAUGGGGAGAUGCAAGGUUGAAUUACAAGUGCAGGGUAGCCGGAAGAGAACUGAGGUGGCAAAGAUUGGUAAAGAGCCCAUCAGCAAACGUCAGAACAUCACCGAGCAGUGUCUCAACGAACUCCUGGAAAUGGCCAAAGAAAUUGCUGCAGAACAUGGGUUACGUAAUUAUGCAACUGUGUUCCCAAUUCUAACUCUGAGGCAAUUAGCUGAAAAGACUCCACAAACUGUUGAGGAGAUGACACAGACCAUUGAUGGUUUGCCAAAAGCUAAAGUUAACAAAUAUGGUGCAGAGAGGUUCCUAGAAGUUACCAAAACUUAUCACCUGAUACUCUCAAACUUGCAACAAGAAGAGGAAGAAGCUGAAUCAGAUGUACCAGAGUGGGAAUCACCAUAUUUUGUGGAUGAGUCGACAAUAUCAUCAAACAGAGGCAGAAAAAAGGGCUUCAAAAAGAGAGGUUUUGGAAGAAAGAAGAGGGGAGGGGGUGGUGGCAGAUCUGGUGCAGGAAAAGCUACUGGAAAUGCCCCUGAUAAAGGAAACAAAUUUGCAGCUUACAAAUUCAACAGAGGAUCAUCCAAAAAAGCACCAAGUGCUGGUAAUUCCAAGAGGGGUGGAUCUGGCAGUUCUCGGGGUGGAUUCAGUGGUGGUGGAGGUGGCCUAGGAUUUAUGCCAGUCCCACAACCUAAAAGAUCAUUUCUGAGCAGUGGAAGUGGUACAUUCUUUGGAUGAAUAGGACUUAGUGUAUCUUACAAUUCAUUGUAUGCAAAUGAAAUGUUUCAUGAGAAUAAAAAAAAUUCCCUUUUAAUUUUCAAAUUUA